AGUUGGGGGAGGAGGAAGGGGUGGGAAGCAGAGGCCGGGUAAGGAAAGAGUGCGCGCAAGCGAGGAUCCCUGGCACUCUCUGCAGACGGAGCGUGGAUCUCCUCCUCGCUCAUUGCUUUCCUGCCGAGGCACCCCCGAGUCAUUUCCUCUCCCUUCCGCUGGAGCUGAGGCUACCUUCAGUGCACCGCCAUGGUAGACAGGGGUCCUCUGUUGACGUCGGCUAUUAUUUUCUACCUGUCCAUCGGAGCGGCUAUCUUCGAAGUCCUGGAGCAUCCUUAUUUGCGACAGGCGGCCGAGGGUUAUAAGCUGAAGAAGACUGAGCUCCUGAAAGAGUUUCCCUGCCUGGGCCAGGAAGGACUAGAUAAAAUCCUGCGGGUGGUCUCAGAAGCUGCUGGGCAAGGGGUUUCAAUUGACGCUAAUGACACAUUUAAUUACUGGAACUGGCCUAAUGCUGUCAUCUUCGCUGCUACAGUGAUUACAACCAUUGGUUAUGGAAAUGUUGCUCCAAAAACUUCGGCUGGGCGACUUUUCUGUAUAUUUUAUGGACUUUUUGGUGUGCCGCUCUGCUUAACAUGGAUCAGUGCUUUGGGGAAAUUUUUUGGUGGCCGUGCCAAGAGACUGGGCCAGUUCCUGACAAAAAGAGGAGUAAGCCUGAGAAAGGCACAAAUUACUUGCACAGCUAUCUUCAUCAUUUGGGGCAUACUAGUCCACUUAGUUCUUCCUCCCUUUGUUUUUAUGGUGACCGAGGAAUGGGAUUAUAUUGAAGGUCUCUACUUCUCAUUCAUCACCAUUACCACAAUAGGAUUUGGAGACUACGUUGCUGGUGUGAAUCCAGAUAUGAACUACCACUCCCUCUAUAGAUAUUUUGUGGAGCUGUGGAUCUACCUAGGCCUUGCUUGGCUUUCACUGUUUGUCAACUGGAAAGUCAGCAUGUUUGUAGAGGUUCACAAAGCAAUCAAGAAACGAAGGAAAAAAAGAAAGGAGUCCUUUGAAAAUCACUCUCCCACCAAAAAAGCUCUUCAGAUGUCUAACACAAAAGAUAUCAACAUAUUCAGUUUCCUCUCCAAAAAGGAAGAAAGUUACAAUGAUCUCAUUAAGCAGAUUGGAAAGAAGGCUUUGAAGACAAGCAGUGACAAAAUUCUAAAUUCAGAGCAAGCCAAGCCAACCUUGCAACAUACCAACAAAGACCUUAAAGUGAUGUACACACGGAACAAUAUGUUUGAUUAUGAUGAGGUUUCUCUUGGGCUACAAAACUAUCACGUUAUGAGGCAUUUGACUGACAAACGUCUUGGGGAUAGCCCAAUUGAGGGCAACGUGUUUGUAAAUCAGCUGGACCGGAUCAGCGAAGAAGAAGGGGAGGCAUGGGAUUCACGGGAUUAUCGACCUCUGAUUUUUGAAAAUGCCAAUAUAACAUUUGUAAAUGAGGAUGAGGAUGAAGAGGAGGACCUUUCAGAUGAUGAGGAAACUUCAAAGUCUUCUGUGGAUGACAAUCUUGCAGAGGAGCCUCAAAGUCCCCAGAAACUGGUGAAAUUUCCAUCCUCUGAUGAAUCUACUUUUACCAGUAAUGAGAUGGAGAUAUCAGUGCCUUAUGAACAGCUUAUGAAUGAGUAUAACACAGAAAAUGCUGCAACGUGAGAAAGGUGGGAGGGGUUUUUUUUUGAAAUCAUAUGAUGCAAAUUUUGAAUAGGUGACAAUUUGAACCGACAACCAUAAGUGAAGAAGAAGGAAUAUCCUAUCAGAUAUUUUCCGCUAUUUCCUUCUAUUAGCAAACUGAAAACACUUGUUGCCUGGAUCUUAUCUUUUGAAGAAUUUUACUCACUGUGAAAUAACUUCUAAAAUCUUGAAGGUUCCUUACAGAGUUGAUGGUUCUUGAAUUUAAGAGAAAAAUGUGUAAAGUUAUUGAGCCUGUUCUCCCUCCCUCCCUCUCUCCCUCCCUCCCUCCCUCCCUCCCUCUCUCUCUCUUUCUUUCUUUCUUUUUCUUUCUUUCUUACGGUGAUGCUGGAGUAAAGCUCUUAAGAUUGCAGUCAGACUGGUUUGGGUUGAUUGCAGGCCAUGAUUGCAUUGGAUUACUGCACUAACACUUCAGCUCUGAAGAAACUGAAUACAAAUCAGGCCAAGGUUCGGAGUGGAAAUCGUUGAUAGAUUUAUCAAGUCACACCAUAAAACUCUCUUCAUUCUCCUUUAAGGGAUGCUUGAACUGGAAGAGCAGAGUAUUCUGAAGGCCAGAGUUGAGAUACAUGGGUGACUUGACUAGUGUCUAUUCAAGUUAAGAUAGCUCUGUUGAAUUAUGAGCUGAAGUUCAUGUACAGAAAUACUAACUUGAAACACAGGAUCAAUCUACUGGUAGUAUGGAUCUUGUAUAUACAAGAAACUAAACAUUUCCAAAUGCUCCUGAUGUUCAUGAAAAGCACAUAUAACUGAUGUUUGAAAUGCAGUAAAAGAGAAUGGCGCAAGAAGAUAUAUAGAGGACAGGUUUAAAAAUGAAGAAAAGCACAGUGACAGACUUCUCUUUUGCAUCAGAAGUGCCCUUUCACCAUCUGUGCUCUAGAGGAAAUACUUGAAUGAACUUCAUUUAUAGGUCAAAGUGAAGUUUAAAGGAACCCUGCUUUUGAAUCAGCAUAUCUUAUCAAAUAGGCUGAAUAGCUGAAGUUCCAUCUGAAGGAUCUAAUAACUACUUUCUUCCUUGUUCUGUCAGUGGCUCCAUUUCUAUAAAGUUCUCCACUCCAUCCAGUACUUUAGGUAAUAUUUUGUUAUGAGCUGAAAUACUGCUGUAGUAUUUCAGUUGGCUUUCUAAAUAAACUAAAGCGUUAGCUUAUUUUUAAUGAACUCCCUUAACACAAGACAAGGAGUAUGAGAAGCAUUACAGAAGCAACAAAACAUAAUUAUCAAAUCAAAAUUUAUCUUUAUGUUGCUAUAAAACUGACACAAUGAUUGGAAUUAUUUUUAAAAUAGAAAACUGCCUAUGAUUUGUAACUUUCUGCUGAAAAGCAAUUCUCAAAGGUAUUCUAGCAGCUUAAGUAAUAGAGCUGCUUGGAUGAUUUAGUUAGUCACUCCAGUGUAAAUCUUUAUGUUACAGUUCUAUGGCUUCAGUCUAGAAAUGGAAUGAACAUUACAGCUAUUGAAAAAUUGGGGAGAGGAUUUCUGAAUUUAAAAUGACAAGACAGGCGAAGGGGAACUUUGCAGUACUAAUUGUGAAUAAGGUACAUUCAAAUCCACUCAUACGCUGUAAUGUUGACUUCUGUGCUGGGAGAGUGGAUGCAUUCUAUUCUCUUUAGAGACAUAUCUCUGACUAGCCAUACACUUCUGUUGGUAAACUCUUCUUGAAAAGACAGUUUUAAAAUAUUUGCUGAAAAAAAGUCCAUUCCUGUUUUGAGCGGUGUACAGUUUGUGCAGAAAUGGUUGCAGAAAUUUGAUUAGUAAGGAACUCAAACAGUUGUAUUUUCAUGCAGUUAUUUCACUGAAUGUGCCAGUGUUACCCUAUGGAUUAUAUAAUUAUUUUAGCCAUUGCUGAAUUUGAGCUCAGGAGGCUAUUCUUGUUGCUCUCAAAAACUCGGUAGCUAUUUGACUAGAUAGCUCCUUGAAAGACAAGGUUGAUUUUUAUUGCUACACCGUAAAAAAAUCUUUAUCACCAAACAGCUCAAAGACCCAGAGGCACCACAUUUCUAACCGGGUGGUUCUUAGUUAUGGGUACUACUUGUGCCAUGUGCAUGUGACAAAAGUAUAUCUGGCUUUCCUGAAGACAACUUUGUGAAGCUGAUGCUGUAGUCUUGGAUAUAUUUCCUGAAUGGAUGGCUAAAAGGUUUGUCUCUGCACUAAAGAAAUACACAGUUAUGUGUAAAAUGAAUGUUCUUAAUGUUUUACAGCAUUUUAAAUACAGUAUAGGAGCAAAAAAGAGAGUGUAUGAUAGUGUAUGUUGCUGCUUUUGGUGUGACUGUUGCAUUGCUUAUGUGCUGGAUUGCACAGGUAGACAGAUAAGAAAUGAUACAAGUUUGAAACAGCUUGGCAUCUAGAGAUGAAGUCCUUUCUAAAAUUCAGGCUUGGUGCUGCUCUUUAGGUUUGAUACAUAGGGUAUUAACACCUUCCUUUAAACAUGCCCCAUAAUUCUAAAGAUUUGUCUAGCUGCCAGAUAAACUUCGUAUUUUUAAAUUUGAAAUCAAGAUGAAAUUGAUAGUUAGGCUUUGAUUUUCCACCUGGUGUUUGGGAGAAGAUCUCAUUAGUGGAGAUUUACUCCAAGCACUUGGACCAUUGAUGAAAGCCUUAAUUCUUAAUAAUUCCAUUUUGUGCCUUGGUACAGGUGAAAUUACAAAAUGUACUUACUGUAUCUCACUGUGACUAGCACAAAGCUGUAUGAACAGCUUUAUUAGCUACAUAAUAUGUUCAGUGGCCCUUUAUGCUUGAGUACAGUUUUCCAGCAGGCGUUAUGUGGUAGUAGCUUGGACCUAUGUUAGAGAACUGAUCUUCCUUACCAUUCCGAUGAGAAAUACUGUCUUCCGUAUGUUAAGGGAAAUCAGUCUUUUUGUUCUGAGUAUUUAUUUAUUUAUGGUCCCAGGCCAAUAAAUAAAUUAAAGGUGAUGACAGAGGCGACAAUUCUUGUUCUGACUGUGGGAUUUGAUGAAGUAACUAUUAAAAGAAGCACUGAUUCAUGGGGGAGGUUCAAUAGCAUUUGAAGUGCCUUUCAUUCUCUGGCUUCUUGGCUACAUUUUGGGAAGAAUUUGCAUAAUAUGAAACACCCUGGAAUGUAAGGGUUGCAGGCCACUACUGUUUUUUAUUGGGG